AUGUCAUUCUUUCAGGAUUGGGGACCUCUGAACAUUGCUAUGGUUUACAAAGCAUGCAUAUACAUCCACUCCCUGCUUGCGGAUGAAGAGUUGUCAUCUUACCGGCUGGUGCUUUACACGUCCGAUAAUCCUCAGAGGAAAGCAAAUGCUGCCCUCCUUAUUGCUCUCUUCUCUUUGAUUGUGCAACAACGCGCGCCAUGGGAUGCCUUUCAACCAAUAGCUGAACUGGAGUUCAUGCCUUUUCGCGACGCUGGCCGCGGACGCUCAGACUUCAAUCUCAAUAUCCAAGACUGUCUGUGGGGCAUUUACAAGGCAAUGCAGAACGGACUCUGUGACUUGAACGAGUUUGACGUCAAUGACUACGAAUUCUACGAAAAGGUUGAGAAUGGGGACUGGAACUGGAUAACUCCCAACUUCAUCGCAUUCGCAUCUCCCGUUGAUCCUGUUUGGCUAAAGGGCCACAAGGAUAAGGAGCACAGCAAAUUGGACGCGCCACCCUCUUCACCGAUUCGGCAAGCUGCGUCGAAAUCUUUGGCCCUUCAACGAAAGCUUCCUACCCCUUUCGUGAACUGCUUGGAAUACUUCGAGCAGAAGAAUAUCAAGCUCGUCGUACGGCUUAAUAAUGAACUCUAUGAUCGCAAUACCUUUAUGGAGCGGGGCAUCAACCAUCUAGAACUCUAUUUUGACGAUGGAACUAAUCCGACGGACGAGAUCGUGAGGCGGUUUAUUGAUGUAUCCGAUGAAGUAGUUCAAUCAGGCGGGGUGGUCGCUGUCCAUUGCAAAGCAGGUUUAGGUCGUACAGGUACAUUGAUUGGCGCCUAUCUCAUAUGGAAAUAUGGAUUCACAGCAAGCGAGGCCAUUGCUUUCAUGCGCAUAGUCCGACCUGGUUGUGUUGUAGGUCCACAGCAGCAGUACAUGUACUGCAAACAACUUGAAUGGUCGAAGUGGGCCGCAGUCGAUGAAAUGCGCAAAACUCAAGUGUCUGCCGCCCUCGCGUCGGCCACAAUUGUCGCACCUGCGACACCCCCAGCGGAAACCGAUGAGAACAUCCCAAUGGAUGCUGUGUCGACAAACGCGAUCACGACCCCCUCAACUCCUUCACCCAUCCUGCCACCUGUCACCCCAAGUAAGCACGUCGCUGCUGCCGCGGCCAAGGCCAAAUCGAUUGUUCCACCAGGUCAACCGCGCAAAACGCCAAACGCCAAACGCCUUGCCGUUGAUUCCUCUGACGAAGAGGCAGACGAUGCAUUACCAGCCCUUGGAGCUGCACCCUCUAUUCGUCAGAACUUACGCUCGCCUACAAAAGGGGUCGCGCAUGUUACUGCCUCCGAGCAGCGUCCAGCGAGAGUGACGCGCUCAACAGCAGGAACACUUGCAUCACGUAGACCAGGAACGGCCCUUAGCGCUAUCUCUACGAAGGCGAAUGUGAGUGGUCAAACGUCCAACAAGAUCCCGCGUCUCGCGAAUGGCAACACUGGCCGAAACGGGACAUCGUCCAAUGGCACCUCCAUUACAAAGUUACCUCCAAUAGCAGUUGCCGCACCCGUCCGUCGCUCACAACGUGCACCCUCCCCCACGCCAUCACGGUUGCCUACUCUGGUGCCAUCCAAGAGACCACAUCACAACUCGGCUACCACGGCGACGAAUGAAUGGAUGAAGAAUAACGCCAAUGCAGUGGUGAAACCAGGAAACAAGAGUGAGCGCCCUGGCUUGAG